AUGACUUUCAACGCUCUUUUUACAACAGUGACCACGGCCCUACUGCUGCCUAUCCUCAUCGCUAUCAAAACUCUCUACUUCCACCCACUCUCUCGCUACAAUGGACCAACACUGUGGGCCAUCACCCGUCUCCCGUACAUGCUUGCCUUUCGAUCCGGAAAGCUAGCUCACAAGGUCAAACACUUCCAUGAAGUAUACGGUGAUACUGUCCGCGUGGCCCCCAAUGAGGUAUCCUUCAUCAACCCCAGCUGCGUCAAAGAUAUCUACAACCGUCGCCCGAGUUCCGAAUUUAAAUCGCUUCCUAAGGACCCCAUCCGUCAACCUCCACCGCAGCCGGGCCAACCGAUUUCUAUACUCGAAGCCGGAGACGAGGAUCAUGCACGAAUACGGAAAUCGUAUGCAUCUCUGUUCAGUAGCAAAGCCUUGGCCGCUCAGGAGCCCUUGGUAUCGUCGUACGUCCACAAGAUGAUAUCGCAGCUAAAACUUCAAACGGGUGAAUCCAAUACUACAGUGGUUGACCUCCAAACUUGGGUAAGCUAUUGUACGUUCGACAUCAUCUGUUCACUGAGUUUCGGGGAAGACUUUGGCUGCCUUGAAAACAACAGAUACCACGAAUGGGUCGGAAUGCUCGUCCACUCUUUAAAAGGAAGAGUGCAACUUGCGGCGUGCCGCUUCUACCCGUGGCUCUUCAGGCUUCUGCUCAAGAGGAUCCCUAAGUCAGCGAUGUCCCUGAUGGCGAAACAUCAAGCAACAACGCGUGAAAAGGUGGAUAGGCGGCUAAGCUCAACUGUCGACCGGCCGGACUUUCUCUCCCAUCUCCAGAACUCGAAACACCAGCUCUCGCAUGCUGAAAUCGUGACAAACUCAACUACGUUUGUUUUUGCGGGAAGCCAUACCCUACAAACUGCUAUCACCGGGAUUCUCUUUCAUUUGCUUCACAACCCUGAGAGUUUGGCAAAGGUAACAGAGGAAGUGCGUACCAGCUUUGCCACGACAGAGGAUAUUGGAUUUAGAAACCUGUCGAAGCUGCCUCUUCUAGAUGCUGCAAUCACGGAGGGCAUACGCCUUUCCUCACCAGUGCCAUUAGGAUUAACAAGACUCGUCCCGGAAGGAGGACACACCAUCAACGGCGAAUUCUUUCCUGCAGGGACCAUAGUCUCAUACAUGCAGUGGGCUGCCAAUCUCUCCGCUUCCAACUUUGCAGAUCCCACAUCCUUCCAUCUAGACCGCUGGCUUCACACUGAUCGCGGCCUCUUCGCGAACGACCGACGGGACGCGGUGCAGCCAUUUCUCCAGGGUCCGCGCGACUGCAUCGGGCAGAACCUCGCGAGGAUGGAGAUUUCCUUGAUCUUAGGCCACCUUCUUUACCAGUUUAAUCUCAGCCCCCCAACGGGAGAAGGACAUGCCGGGGUGCAAAGGUGGGAGGAUCAAGAGACGUACGCGGUUUGGGUGAAAUCACCGUUGCUGGUGAGACUGAGUGUGCGAUAA